AUGGCCUCGAAAAGUGCCGUCUUGCCUCUUUUGAGGCGCGAACUACGAUCCUCCUCCACCCGAAUCUCGAGAGCUAGCGCCUCCCUGUCGACUGUUGCUGGUCCGACCAGCUCACUUUCUGCAUCUGGGAGGAGAACAGCCCGCCACACCGCACUUUUCUCCCGCACCAAGGCACUCGGUCAGACUCGGGCCUUUUCGCAGUCGCUAUCGAGAAAACUCACAGAUGAGAAUGGCCAUUUCGACCCCCGACAGGUGGAGAGAGAGUCCGACGAGGUUGACGUGUGUAUUGUCGGUGGCGGCCCUGCCGGUCUCGCCGCAGCAAUCCGAUUGAAGCAGCUUGCCAACGAAGCUGGCAAUGAAGAAUUCCGUGUGAUCCUGUUGGAGAAAGCCGGCGAGCUAGGCGCCCAUAUCGUUUCCGGAAAUGUGCUCGAGCCGACCGCCUUGAAUGAGCUGCUACCAGACUGGCUGUCGGAGGACAACCCUUCGCGAUUCGAGCAUGCGACGCCUGCAGGAGAGGACAAGAUGCGCUUCUUGACUCAGAACUCGUCGAUCCCGAUCCCCGCCCCGCCGCAGAUGAACAACCAUGGCAAUUACAUCAUCAGCUUGAACGAGUUGACCAAGUGGUUGGGCGAACGAGCUGAGGAGCUGGGCGUCGAAGUCUACCCCGGGUUCGCGGCCAGUGAGGUGGUUUACAACAAGGAAGGUUCCGUUCUUGGUGUUGCGACAAAUGAUCUUGGACUGGGCCGAGAUGGUAAGCCCAAGGAUACUUAUGAACGGGGUAUGGAAUUCCAUGCGCGUGUUACCCUGCUUGCAGAGGGUUGUCACGGAAGCUUGUCCAAGCAGGUGAUCAAGAAGUAUGACCUUCGCCGGGAUAGUGAGCCACAAACGUAUGGACUUGGAAUUAAGGAAAUCUGGGAGAUCCCGCCUGAGAAGUUCAAGUCCGGAGAGAUUGUACACUCCAUGGGAUACCCUCUGCCCAAGGACACCUACGGCGGAGCCUGGAUGUACCACUUUGGCGACAACAUGGUCAGCAUAGGGCUGGUGGUCGGCCUUGACUACCCGAACCCGUGGCUCUCACCGUAUCAGGAAUUCCAGAAGCUGAAACACCACCCUCUUUUUAAGGAUGUUCUGGAGGGUGGAAAGUGCAUCUCGUACGGCGCCCGAGCUCUGAACGAGGGUGGCUUCCAGUCGAUACCAAAAUGCGCGUUCCCCGGAGGUGCGUUGAUCGGUGACACAGCUGGAUUUUUGAACGUACCGAAGAUCAAGGGUACUCACACCGCGAUGAAAUCCGGAAUGCUGGCUGCAGAGUCGACAUUUGCGGCGCUGCAGGGUGAUUCGGGUGGUACCGUUUUCCUGUUCGAUUACGAGGAUGCUCUCCGCAAGUCCUCUAUCUGGAAGGAGCUGCACGAAGUGCGUAACAUGCGGCCGUCGUUCAGCACCGCGCUUGGUCUCUACGGUGGUAUCAUUUACUCUGGUUUGGAAGCCUACCUCUUCCGUGGCAAGAUGCCCUGGACAUUUAAGCACCACGGCACUGACGCCGAGGCUACCAAGCCGGCGUCUCAAUACGAAAAGAUUGAAUAUCCCAAGCCCGAUGGAAAGAUCAGCUUUGAUAUUUUGACCAGUGUAAGCCGAACUGGUACCAACCACGAAGAAGACCAGCCGGUGCAUCUGCAGGUGAAGGACUGGGAUAAGCACAAGGACAUCGCUUGGCCCCAGUACAAGGGUGUUGAGAACCGUUUCUGCCCUGCUGGCGUGUAUGAAUAUGUGGAAGAUGCAAGCAAGGAGCAUGGCGUCCGCUUCCAGAUCAACGCUCAGAACUGCAUCCACUGCAAGACAUGCGACAUUAAAGUGCCAACGCAGGAUAUCAAUUGGCAAACCCCUCAGGGUGGAGAGGGUCCCAAAUACUUUAUGACUUAG